CAAAGCCCACAUCGCCAACUUUUGAGGAAGUGAGUCCACAGAAAUUGAGGAACACAUAUUAUCAGUCAUGGCUUUGUCGUCACUUAUUUCCAAUAUUCUUCUUCUCCUCCUUUUCUCUUUCACCAAAGAAGCUUUAUCUGUGUCAAAGCUUUCAGUAACCGAUAAUGAUAAUUACGUUAGCCGGGAAACACUGGCAGAACAAGAAGCCGAUAGAGUUUACGGAUUACCAGGGCAACCACCGGUGAAAUUCAAGCAAUACGCAGGUUAUAUCACUGUCAAUGAAACUCAUGGAAGAGCACUGUUUUAUUGGUUCUUUGAAGCCACUCACAAACCAGAAGAAAAACCAGUUCUAUUAUGGCUCAAUGGAGGCCCAGGUUGUUCCUCAAUCGGUUAUGGAGAAGCAGAGGAAUUAGGACCCUUCUUUCCCCAGGACAGUAGCCAGCCAAAGCUAAAGUUGAACCCUUAUUCAUGGAACAAUGCUGUGAAUCUUCUGUUUUUGGAAAGCCCUGUUGGAGUGGGAUUCUCCUACACCAACACCAGCAGUGACAUAAUUGAGCUUGGUGACAGCAUUACUGCUAAAGAUUCACACAUCUUUAUCAUCAAGUGGUUUAGGAGGUUCCCACAAUUCAGAUCACACAAGUUCUACAUUGCCGGUGAAAGCUAUGCAGGGCACUAUGUUCCACAACUUUCUGAGCUUAUCUUCGAUAACAAUCUCAACCAUGCUGAAAAAGACUACAUUAACUUCAAAGGUUUUCUGAUUGGAAAUGCAUUAUUGGACGACGAAACAGAUCAAAAGGGUAUGAUAGAUUAUGCAUGGGAUCAUGCAGUGAUAUCGGAUGCACUAUACCACAACAUCACAGCCAUAUGCGAUUUCAAUCAUCCAAUUCAGAACCAGACAGACGAAUGCAACACGGAACUGAAUAAGUACUUCGAUGUGUAUAAGAUUAUUGACAUGUAUAGCUUGUACACUCCCAGGUGUUUCAGCAACCUCAGCAGCACCUCCACAAACGAAGCCUCUCAAACUUCUUCCAGAAUUAAUAGGUGGCAAAGAAAACGAGCUGGAUAUGAUCCCUGUGCAUCCGAUUACACUGAAGUUUACUUGAACAGACCAGAAGUCCAAAAGGCACUGCAUGCCAAUGUCACAAAAAUUCCCUAUCCAUGGACUCACUGCAGUGAUAACAUCACAUUCUGGAAUGACUCACCACAGACCAUUCUUCCUGUCCUCAAAAAGCUCGUUGCUGGUGGUCUUCGCAUCUGGGUUUACAGUGGAGACACUGAUGGAAGAAUUCCAGUAACAGCAACAAGAUACACACUGAGAAAAUUGGGACUUGGCAUUGUGGAGGAUUGGAGUCCAUGGUAUACUAGCCGUCAGGUGGGAGGAUGGAGCAUCGUGUACGAUGGACUUACUUUUGUUACCAUAAGAGGUGCUGGCCAUCAAGUUCCAACUUUCACUCCCAAGCAAGCUCUGCAGCUACUUCAACACUUCAUAGAUAAUAAGAAAUUACCAUCUCGACCAAUUUAAUCACUUUUCUAUUCAUUUAACGUUUUCAAGUUUCUUUGGCGUUAUAAGAAUGAACAUGUCUUGAUUCUGAAUGUUUAAGAAGCCCACUUUCAAGUUAGUUUUCUUAAAUAUUACUCUUGUUGUGUUGCUGCAAUAUCAUAACUGUUACUGUAUUUU